AGCUGGCUUUUGCUAGUGGCUAUGGCUGCCACUAGCUUCAGUGCAUCGUGGAUGCUAAGAAGAGCGUAUCGGGCUUUUUCAGCUGCUUCUCCUCUUCGCAUAAACUGCAAGAACCUCUCUUUCAAUGCACCCUUUUGCUCUCCCCCCAUCAACUAUCCACUCAGACAUUCAGCUUCAGGAAUAUGUCACUUACCACAGGCCAUUAAAGGAGAUGUUGACAUUUUACUUCAGGGAGUGAGAGACCAAAGUACAGCUGAAGAAGUAAAGCAUAUUCUUGAGAUGGCCAAACGGGCCAUAUCAAGAAAAGAAGUUCUCCAUGCAGAUUUUCUCACCCCACCAGUUUUGAAGGAGUCGCUGCUACUUUUGGGUAAGGUAGCUGAUGCGGAAGCAAUUGCUCAGGGAGGAUAUCCUCAGGCUGAGCGCUGCAGGAUUUCUGUUGGACACUCAGACGUAUUGACUAGUGAUCCUGAUAUAGUUUCAGCCUUGAGUAUUGCAGGGAACUUCAGAUUUGAACCUUGUUCUCAUGGUGACUUCCUUGGAGCAAUUCUUGGUACAGGGAUUGCUAGGGAAAAGCUUGGAGAUAUUAUCUUGCAGGAGGAGAAGGGAGCUCAGAUCCUGAUUGUUCCAGAACUUGUCGAUUUUCUGAUAUCAUCUCUGGACAAGGUUGGUAAAGUUCGUGUCUCUUGUACAAAGAUACCCUUAUCUGCUCUUGAAUAUGAACCACCAAGGACCAAGUCUUUCAAGACUGUAGAGGCAUCACUUAGAGUUGAUGCUCUGGCUAGUGCAGGAUUUAAAAUUUCACGGUCAAAACUAGUUGGUUUAAUCAGCAAUGGGGAUGUACGUGUUAACUGGACCACUAUUACAAAAAAUGGAACCAUACUCAAGACCGGGGAUAUCGUCUCUGUCAGCGGGAAAGGAAGGCUAAAGGUAAAUUGGAGAAAUAAAUUCUACCAAGAAGGGAAAGUUUGCUGUUGAGCUUAUUCGGUAUGUAUAAUUACAGAAGCUCUGCAGGACACAGACACGAAUGGUUCUGGUUUAAGCUAUUUGUAACAGUUUAUAUGGUUCAAGGCGGGGUAGGUUGUUAUACACAAGCUUUGGAGAACUAAAACAAAGUGUAAUGAAUGGUUGUGGUAUAUAUUUUCUUUAAUGAA